GAAGUAGUGAAUUACUUUUCCGUUAGCAGUCGGUGCAUACGUACCAUUUUAUGACCGCGUACUGUCAUUUUUAUAAAAAAAAUAUAUUAAUAGCACGUACAUUUAUGGAUUCCAAGUAUGACAAUAGACGUUAAUCAUUCUUGAUCAAAGAGUUCUCAUCUUACUGUCUGCCAUCAACCAGUUUUGUCUACCCAGGUUAGUGAGAAGAAUAGAAACAGUAGGAUUUUGCUUAGCCAGAGAGGUUUGACACUAUUUUAUUUUAUUGAUGUUAUUAGACUUAAAUGACAUAUUUGUCAGUUUAUGUUCUGCGGAUUUUUACUAAAGAUUGAACCAGCACCUAUGUCACUGGUCAGUUAGACCAACGUUGUUGGCAAGGCUUGUAAACUUGCUAACGCUAGCACUAGUAUGUUGCAAACUAGCUGAUGUCAGACAAUGUUGGAUGCAGUUAAACAUUUGCAUGGAGUAGCUUGCUGGUUUUGUAUCCACGUCUCCCUGGUCUUAAAUCAGUCGCAGUCGCUAUCCGGAAUUUAGGGACAGGAGACGGUCACGCUAUUGGCUGACAGUCCGUGGGGAUUAUCAUACGGAGUACACAGUGGUCUCUGCCCUGAGCCAAACUGGCCUGUAACCACAGCAACCAGAGCUGGGGGUAGAUGCCAUGCUUUGGAAAACAACAACAAACUGGGGGACAUUCUAAGAAUCAUGGACUCUGGGGAGGAGUGGGAAGACGGCACCUUUAGAGCUGCCAGGCUGGAAGGAGACCAGAGGAGAGACUCAGGAGAGACACCCUGCCGCUGCCCCCCACAGGAAGUGGAAACCCUCACAGGAAGUGGGAAGCGGGUCUCCCAGACAGGAAGUGGGAAGCGGGUCUCCCAGACAGGAAGUGUGGUUGUUACGUGUGGUCGUCGCAGUCGCUGCCAAAUUAGGUUGAAACUCCAAAGACUUUGUGUGCAAGACGAAGAUACUAAAGAUGAUCCAACUGAGUCUUGGAACACAGAACACAACGACGAGGACACUAACUGUGCCGUUUUUAAGUGCGAUGAUGAAUUAGAGGUGCUGACUGUUCAAGUAGAACAGGGGGAGGUGCAGGAGAAGAGAGAUUCAGAGGACAAACUGCACCAUUACGCCAAGUGUGGGAAGACCUUCACUAAGUUGGAGGCUUGGGAGGAUCACCAGCAGACUCACACAGGGACCAAGCAUUACGGCUGCCCCUACUGCGACAAGGAGUUCUGUAACUCGUCAGACAUGAGAAGGCAUGAACAAGCGCAACCUGAAGAGGGAGCCCUGUCUAUGAAAGCUCAGAGACAUUCACAAGUUCCUCCUGGAAAGAACAGUGAGCUGCACGCCUGUGAAGAAGAAGAGGAGCCACGUUUUGACAGCGUCUCCCACUUCCUCUCUGAGGUGGAGGGCUGUGGCAGGAAGCAACACCACGGUGCCAGGAAGCCACACCCCUCUUCCAGGAAGCCACACCCCUGUCUAGAGUGUGGAAAGGAGUUUGUGAAUCAGAACAAGCUGAAGCGACACCAGAUGACGCACUCCGGAGAGAAGCCUCAUCGCUGCUCCGUGUGCGUUUGCUCAGGUGGGGGACUUGAGGAGACACGAGAUGAGGCACCUGGGGGAGAGACCGUUCGGCUGCUCCGAGUGUGGCAAACGCUUCAUAGAAGCGCGGCUCCUGAAGGCUCACGAGCGCACGCAUACUGGGGAGAGACCGUUUGGCUGCACCGUUUGUGGAAGGAGGUUCUCCACCUCGUCCUGCCUCAGGGAUCACAAGGUCACCCACACAGGGGAGAACCCGUACUCCUGCUCUGUGUGCGGGAAGGGCUUUGCCACGUCCUCCGGCCACAGGGACCACGAGAGAUCGCAUGCCGGGGAGAGACCGUACCACUGCGCGGAGUGCGGGAAGAGCUUCUGUCGCCCGGGGCAACUGGUGAAACACCUGAGGAGACACAGGGGUGGAGGUGAUGCCCAAAACCCCAGGAAGGGUCCUCGAGCCCCCAGACUGGAAAUGAAGGCAGAGGAAGACAAGCAUAAAGAUGAUGAGGAUGAAGGAGAUCUGAUCAGCUCAGAUUUGGAUCUGGUGGAGCUCUUGCAUCCCCACAAUGACCUCAACACAACACUGGAGAUGGAACAUGAAGAAUUAGUUAAGGACAAA